GACUAGUUUGACACGAUUGACUUGUCGGACAACGAGAUUGUCAAGCUUGAGAACUUCCCUUUCAUGAAUCGCCCAGGGAGCCCGCACCUGAUUACAACUUACAAUGAGAGGGAGCAGGUGACGCCCAGGGAGCACAGCAUCCGAGUCCCGGCCAUCCUUCGCAGCAAGGACGAGGAGGGCGUCAAGGGCUGCCACGUCGCCAGAGCCGUCAACAACUACACCUCCCAGCUCCUCACCUACGGAUCAUCAUCACAAUCGCCAUCUUGUAAAUCUUCCCGCCAAUAUAACCUGACGGAAGCGCCCUUGUUCCUCUCACACUUCAUGGGCGACAUCCACAAGGUGUUGCCAAAUGAAUGUGUCAACGUGUCUCUCCUUAGGGGUUGAUUUAAACCGCAUAUGAUCUACUGUAUCAAUUUUUUGUUGUUCAACCAUUGAAAUCCUGGUUCAUUUUUCAAACAUCGAAAUGUUGCUCACCCUGUCUUUCUAUGCUUAAAUGAUAAAAAUUUCGCAGUUUGCUUGUUCUAACCAUUUUGUGUCCAGGAUGAACAAGUUGGGAGAAGCAUUGGAGCUAGUUAUACUAUGAUAGAUGUGUUACCUGAUGUGAACAUUUUUUUUAUUGUACAACUAAUGUGAACCAUGUUUGAUUGUAAUAAUGUGCCAAGUUUGGCUCUUUUUUAUUGUAUUCAUGAUGUGAACCAUAUUUUUCCGGAUUA